AUAUACGACAAGGCAAAUUUUUACAAAUUGUCCAUUGAAAAAACCAAAAACAUCACAUAAAUUAUCACCAUUUGAAAAAUUGUUGGUUGGCGGGACCUGUGCUGUGACUUUUGCUUUUCGAUACAAUCGGAUUGUUGUAUCAUGUAGUUCUGCAAAUAGAUUAGCAGGUUAUCAAACGAAUGUCAUAAAAAAUGAUUCAAUUGCAUUUGACUGGCACCAGUUUUGGCGAUAUUUGAAACCGUACUUGCUAAAAUUUCUUGGCGCUAUUGCUGCCGCGCUCGCUGUAGCUUAUUUCAAUAUAAAAAUUCCUGAACUACUUGGCGUCUUUGUAAAUGCGCUUGCAGGCUACGCUAGGAUUGGAAAUUCGGACGACUUUGAUGCCACUCAGUUCUUGAUGUCCAUGAAAGCGCCAGCGAUGAAUCUUUUUGGCAUGUACGUUCUCCAAUCUGGCUUUACUUUUUUAUACAUUUUGUUACUCAGCCAAAUUGGAGAACAAAUGGCAGCACGACUUAGGCAAGAUCUAUUCAAGCAGAUUAUCCUACAAGAUUUGUCCUUUUUCGAUGAAAAUCGCACUGGUGAAUUGGUAAAUCGAUUAACAACUGACGUACAAGAUUUUAAAUCAUGUUUCAAGCAAUGUGUGUCCCAAGGGUUACGGAGCAUCGCUCAACUAAUUGGUGGAAGUAUAUCGCUGUUUCUAAUCUCGCCUAAAUUAGCAACAGUCGCAUUAGUUUCAGUUCCAUUUGCGGUCGUUAUUAUGUCCCUCUUGGGCGGUGCACUUCGUUCACUUAGCAAAAAAUCACAAGCUCAAGCCGAAAAGGCGACUGCCUUGUGUGAAGAGGCAUUGUCCAAUAUUCGCACCGUUCGAAGUUCGGCGUGCGAGUUUUCGGAAAUUAAAAUGUUCGGCAAAGAAACCAAUUCAGCCGCUGAAUUAUCUGAAAAAUUGGGUGUUGGAAUUGCCGUAUUUCAGGCUCUUACUAAUUUAUUUCUGAACGGCAUGGUUUUAUCAACUCUAUUCUUGGGUGGUCAUUUGAUGGCUAGCAGCGACAUAACCGCUGGUCAGUUGAUGGCAUUUUUAGUAGCGUCACAAGGUGUGCAAAGAUCACUUUCGCAAGGUUCAAUUCUUUUGGGAACUUUAAUAAGAGGCUGUACAGCUGGGAAUCGAGUUUUCGAGUAUUUGGCCAUUGAGCCCAAAAUUGACCUCAUUUCUGGAAUCACAAUUCCAUUCGAAAAACUGAGUGGUGAAAUUUGUUUCCAAAACGUCUCCUUUUCAUAUCCAAGAAGACCAGAUCAAGUAAUAUUACGUGAUUUUAAUCUGGUAUUGAAGCCGGGGCAAACGGUAGCUUUAGUGGGUGCUUCGGGUAGUGGAAAAUCGACUGUUGCAUCACUAUUGGAGCGAUUCUAUGAGCCUAAUGAAGGAUCUAUUACACUAGACGGUCGGCCGAUUUCAAUUCUAUCACCAAAUUGGCUUCGAGCUGAAAUUAUUGGAUUCAUUGAACAGCAACCAAUUUUGUUCGGAACGACAAUUUUAGAGAAUAUUCGAUAUGGCAGACCAUUGGCAACGAAAGAUGAAGUUUAUACAGCUUCAAAAUUGGCACAAUCACAUGAGUUUAUCAGCAGACUGAAUGAAGGCUAUGAGACAAAUGUGGGCGAACGUGGAGUGCAGCUGUCCGGUGGACAACGUCAGCGAAUUGCCAUUGCACGGGCACUUCUGAAACAACCCAUCAUUUUAAUUCUAGAUGAAGCUACAAGCGCACUGGAUGCAUCGAGUGAAGCGAUCGUACAGCAAGCAUUGGAUAAAGCAAUGGAAAAUAGAACAACUCUGGUAAUAGCGCAUCGUCUAUCUACGAUAAAAAAUGCUGACUUAAUCGUUGUUAUGGAUCAAGGGAAAAUUGUCGAGCAAGGAACACAUGAUAGUUUGAUGAAACUAAAAGGAUAUUAUUAUGACUUGAUUCGAAAGCAAGAGAAAAUGUCCAAAGAAGAAGUCUCACGAGCUCAGGGAUAAAACUCAAAGGUUUCCAAAGAAGAUGUGUGUUUUUCCAUACACUGGUAAUAUUCAAAAGCGAAGCGAGACAAAUAAAAACCGUUAGAUUGUUUUGUAAAGAAAAAAAUGUGGACAUAGACUCUCUCCCUCUGUGUGUUUUUGUCUCUCAAAGAUCAACUUAUUUGGCGCUCAAUUUAAACGAAGCAAAGGACAAUUGAAAAUGGUUUGUGACGCGUGCGACUAUGUUUGCGUUACUGAUCAGAGGUCAACUCACCGAACAUCAGACAAAAGAUUCGAAAAUAAAGAACCAACAAGAUAAA